ACAGGUGGAUCGCUCUCUAGAGGACAAAAACAGAAUUAAAAUCUCAAUGAAUGCUCCAAGCUCCUCUGCCGGGUUCGUCAAGCCUGGAGCAGAAAGGGAAAAACGCUGUCCGAACCAGAUUAAUCGGUAUGACUUCAAACAACUAAGCUAGGGUUUGUUGUCAUCGCUUUUUUGGCACAGAUUUUGGGAAUUGUAGUCCACGCAAAGGACGGUGCAGAUGACCACUCCGCAUCGACUGUAUUCCACAAAUACAUUAACCACAAUCCCUCGGGCGAACCUGAAUAGAAGGAAAAACGAUGAAUUAUGCCCGGUUUUUGACAGCUGUGAGUGCAGCCAGAAAACCCUCCCUCAUCAGGGUCCUCACUGAGUUGCAGCAGCGUUCGCCCCCCUCGCUCAUCUCUUUGGCUGGAGGAGCCCCGAACCCAAACACCUUCCCGUUCCUCUCCGCCUCAAUACAGGUCAGAAAUGGUCCAAUGGUGAACUUUGACGAGACGACAAUGAAGAGGGCUUUACAGUACUCUGCUUCUAGUGGGAUCCCAGAGCUGUUGACGUGGAUGAAAGAUUUAUUUAAGAGUCUUCACAAUCCUCCGAACCCUCACACAGAAAUGUGUGUGACCACGGGCAGCCAAGAGGGGCUCUGUAAGGUGUUUGAGAUGUUGGUGAAUCCUGGAGAUAAUGUUUUGCUUGAUGCUCCGACAUACUCGGGCACUCUUGCCGCGCUGCAGCCUCUUGGUUGUAACCUCAUAAACGUUGCGAGUGAUGAACACGGGAUGGACCCUGAGGCGCUGAGGCUGGUCCUCUCUCGCUGGAGUCCAUCUGAUGUCCACAAACCGAACAGCUCGGUCCCCAAAGUCCUGUACACCAUCCCCAACGGAGGCAACCCCACUGGGGCCUCCAUGACCGAGCAACGCAAGAGAGACGUCUACCAGCUGGCACAGCAGUACGACAUGCUUAUCAUUGAAGACGACCCCUACUAUUUCUUGCAGUUUGACAAGCCCUGGGCCCCCACGUUCCUCUCCAUGGACGUCGAUGGGCGAGUGAUUCGAACAGACUCGUUCUCCAAAAUUCUCUCCUCGGGGUUAAGACUUGGGUUUGUCACUGGGCCAAAGCCUUUGGUGGAGAGAGUGGUGCUGCACAUUCAGGCCUCUACAAUGCACACAAGCUCUUUUACUCAGUUGAUGGUGUCCCAGUUGCUGCACAGUUGGGGUGAACAGGGUUUCCUCCAACAUAUCGACGGGGUCAUAGAGUUUUACAAGAAGCAGAAAGACGCCAUGGUCAGCUCUGCAGAGAAGUGGCUUAAAGAUGUGGCAGAGUGGCACGCCCCAAAGGCGGGGAUGUUCCUGUGGAUCAAAUUAAAGGGAAUCACUGACACACACAAGCUGAUACUGGAAAAGGCGCUGGAGAAAGAGGUACUGCUUGUUCCUGGAGGAGUUUUUAUGAUCAACAGCAGUGAACCCUGCGCCUAUGUGCGAGCUGCUUUCUCCCUCUCGUCUCCAGAACAAAUGGAUGAGGCUUUCAGGAGACUGGCAUUGCUCAUCAAAGAAGCUCAGAGCUAACCAGAGACAGUAUCUGAAAAUGGACAUGGUUAACCUGGUAAACGGGCACAAAUAGGAAGUGAGCACUGGCAUGAUUCUGGCUCCAUCGACAUCGGCCCCCGAUUCACUUUGCAUUGAAACGUCACCCCUCUUUCCAUAACUGAUGAUGUCCAGCUCAUUUUGUUCAUAUUAACCCACACUACAUGACCCUGGUGUUUUUAUUUAGCUAUUUUAUUUAUUAAGAAAUUCCUCUUCCUAAUAUAGAACUCGGCUCCAAAUUGACCCCAUUACUGCUGCAUCAGUGAGCUUCAUUUGACGAUGGACUCUAUGGGUAACUUCACACUCCUUUAGUCCACUUCUUUAUACAGUCCAUGGAGCUAACCUUUUCUAUUGGCAUAUGUUUAGGUCACUGUUGAAAAUUAACUUAAUAUUUAUCAGAUUGUAUUAUUGUAUCAAAUGAGAACAAAUGUCUGUAAGCCAAAGCACUACUGAAUGAAGUAUUAUGAAGUAUAGAGACAAUCGGAUUAUGUUGUACAGACAAUUAAAGAUGAUAUUUUCCAAA